GGAAGCCGCUUUGGCGCGGGUUGCUCUGUUGUUGUGCUGCUGUCAUUCAGCUCCUUGGAUAAAGACAAAAAGACUAAAGUAAUGGCUCCAGUUGCAGACCGAGAAAAAGACGUGGACGUUCCGGACGGCGAUGACCAGGGUGAUGCCUGCGGUCUGGCGAAGUCUCGCUCCAGACGAGAAAAGAGGGAGAAGGUGGGCAGGAAGUCGGCGCUGGAGCAGCUGAAGAAGGCCAAGAAGGGGGAGAAGAUCAAAUAUGAGGUGGAGGAGCUCACCAGUGUGUAUGAGGAGGUGGACGAGGACCAGUACUCCAAAAUGGUACGAGAGAGGCAGGAGGAUGACUGGAUCAUAGACGACGAUGGUACAGGAUACGUCGAAGACGGGCGAGAGAUCUUUGACGACGAUUUGGACGAUGAUGUUGUAGAAAGCAGAGGAAAAGGGGGAGCGAAAGGAGGAGAGUCGAAGAAAAAUAUGAAGAAAUCUGUCGUCUCAAAGCCGAACACCAUCAAAAACAUGUUUAUGAACAGCAAUGUGAAAAGACCUGCAGAGAAAGAUGUCGAUCUCUCCAAAGAUGACCUGUUAGGAGAUAUUUUACAGGAUCUACACAAUGAGAAACCGUCCGUCUUCAGUCCUCCGCCCGUGGUCACCCUGAAGAAGAAGAAGUCAGUAGGAUCCACCAUGAACCCGUUCUCUGUCAAACCCCAGAUGCCGAAGCAGGAGAAACCCUCUCUGGCGGGGUCAAAGGCCAAAGUGAUCCGACCCCCUCCUUCAGACCCGUCUCCCCGGCCUCCAGCCCGUCCUCCUCCCUCCACAGCUGAUGUUCUUGUGGAAAAACACGAGCCCGAAGUGGAGGAGCCAAAAGAAGAUCCAGAGGACGACAGCCUGGCAUUGGAAGGGGUCGAUUUUGAUGAACCAAUGGAAGUUGAGCAGGAGGAACAGAAGCCUGUAGUCAAAACGGAGGCCAAACUUCAGCCUAAAGGAGAGGCGCCGGCGGCGGCUGAAGUUAAAGUUAAGCCUCAGGACCCGGUUCUCCUGCCCGACCGCGUUGGAAGCUCCUGGGGACAAGAGGACAGUGGAGGCAGUGAAGCUCCUGCAGAGGUGCAGGUUGACUCCAGUAGGCUCCCCCUGGUGGAGGGAGCAGAUGGAGAACAGGUGUUCCGCUUCUAUUGGUUGGAUGCUUUUGAAGACCCAUACAACCAACCAGGGGUGGUGUAUCUGUUCGGGAAAGUGUGGAUCGAAUCGGCACAGUCUCAUGUCAGCUGCUGCGUCACUGUGAAGAACAUCGAAAGAACCAUGUACCUUCUCCCUCGGGAGUUUAAAACCAACCCAAAGACUGGAGAAGUGUCAGACACGCCUGUGGGGAUGAUGGAUGUUUACCAGGAGUUCAACGAGCUCUCUGAGAAGUUUAAGAUCAUGAAGUUUAAGUCGAAGAAAGUGGAGAAGAACUAUGCUUUUGAAAUCCCUGACGUGCCCAGCCAGUGCGAUUACCUGGAAGUGAGAUACUCUGCAGAGUUUCCUGCGUUGCCAUCAGACCUUAAAGGGAGCACUUUUUCCCAUGUUUUUGGCACAAACACCUCCAGUCUGGAGCACUUCCUUCUCAGCAGAAAGAUUAAAGGCCCCUGCUGGUUGGACAUCAAGACCCCACAGCUGAUGAGCCAGCCGGUCAGCUGGUGUAAGGUGGAGGCCCUCGCUGUGAGAAGUGACCUGGUCUGCGUGAUCAAAGAUCUGCCACCUCCACCCCUCACAGUCAUGUCCAUCAGCCUCAAGACUGUUCAGAACCCAAAGACGCACCACAAUGAGAUCGUGUCCCUUGUUGCGCUUGUUCACUAUAGCUUCCAUAUAGAUAAAGCUCCUCCUCAGCCUCCCUUUCAGACUCAUUUCUGCGUGAUCAGUAAACCAUCGGACUGCAUUUUUCCUUAUGACUUCAAAGAUGCCUUGAAGAAGAAGAAUGGGAAGGUGGAGAUGGCAGCUUCAGAGCGGACCCUGCUCGGCUUCUUCCUGGCCAAGAUGCACAAAAUUGACCCCGAUGUGUUGGUGGGUCACGAUAUUUUCGGUUUUGAUCUGGAAGUUCUCCUGCAGCGGAUCCAUGCGUGCAAAGUCCCCCACUGGUCAAAGAUCGGACGUCUCAGGAGGGCCAACAUGCCCAAACUAGGGGGCCGGGGAGCCUUUGCAGAGAAGAGUGCAACGUGUGGCCGUCUGGUGUGCGAUGUGGAGAUCUCAGCCAAAGAGCUAAUUCGUUGUAAAAGCUAUCAUCUGACUGAGCUGGCUGCCCAGGUGCUGAAGGUGGAGAGGGUCACGGUUCCUCAGGAGGAUAUCAGAAACCUCUACAGCGACUCUCCUCACCUGCUCUACCUGUUGGAGUUGACGUGGACAGACGCCAAGCUGAUCCUCCAGAUCAUGUGUGAGCUGAAUGUGCUGCCCCUCGCCCUGCAGAUCACCACCAUCGCAGGAAACGUCCUGUCUCGUACUCUGAUGGGGGGUCGCUCUGAGAGGAAUGAGUUCCUGUUGCUUCAUGCCUUCCAUGACAAAAACUUCAUUGUCCCUGACAAACCCUCUUUUAAAAAGGCCCAGCUGGAGGCCGUUGAGGGAGAGGAUGAUAUAGAUACAGGAAAAGGUAAGAGGAAGAAGAAGGCAGCCUACGCUGGAGGUCUAGUGCUGGAUCCUAAAGUCGGUUUCUACGAUAAGUUUGUCCUGCUGCUCGACUUCAACAGCUUGUAUCCCUCCAUCAUCCAAGAGUUUAACAUCUGCUUCACCACAGUGCAGAGGCAGGCUCAGAGCUCCCGCAGAAAGAUCGAGGAGGACGAGCCAGAGGAGAUUCCUGAAAUUCCAGAUUCGAGCCUGGAAAUGGGAAUCCUGCCUAAAGAAAUCAGGAAGCUGGUGGAACGGCGUAAGCAGGUGAAGCAGCUCAUGAAGCAGCAGGACAUCAAUCCGGAUCUCUACAUGCAGUACGACAUUCGUCAGAAAGCCUUGAAGCUAACCGCUAACAGCAUGUACGGCUGCCUGGGAUUCAGCUACAGCCGCUUCUAUGCAAAGCCGCUUGCUGCUCUGGUCACCCACAAGGGGAGAGAGAUUCUGAUGCACACCAAGGACAUGGUUCAGAGGAUGAAUCUGGAGGUCAUUUAUGGCGACACUGACUCAAUCAUGAUCAACACCAACAGCAAAUCACUUGAAGAAGUCUUCAAACUUGGAAAUAAGGUAAAGGCAGAGGUCAACAAGCUCUACAAACUCCUGGAGAUCGACAUUGAUGGAGUUUUUAAGUCACUUUUACUGCUGAAGAAAAAAAAGUAUGCCGCGCUUGUGGUGGAGCAGCAGGGCGAAGGGCGAUACAGCGUAAAGCAGGAGCUGAAAGGCUUGGACAUCGUCCGCAGGGAUUGGUGUGGUCUGGCCAAGGAAUGCGGCAACUACGUGAUUGGUCAGAUCCUGUCAGACCAGAGUCGUGAUGUCAUCGUGGAGAACAUCCAGAAGCAUCUGGUGGAGGUUGGUGAGAAGGUAGCAAAUGGUGACAUACCGCUCAACCAGUACGAGAUACACAAGGCACUGACGAAGGAUCCUCAGGACUAUCCGGAUAAGAAGAGUCUCCCCCAUGUGCAUGUUGCUCUGUGGAUAAACUCGCAGGGAGGCCACCGUGUCAAAGCCGGAGAUACAAUCUCUUACCUCAUUUGCAAGGACGGCUCCACAUUAGCAGCCAGUCAGAGAGCCUACGCUCUGGAGCAGCUUCAGAAGCAGGAGGGUCUCAGCGUGGACACACAGUACUACCUGGCCCAGCAGGUCCAUCCUGUAGUUUCCCGCAUCUGUGACCCCAUUGAGGGGAUCGAUAGUGUACUCAUAGCCACGUGGCUGGGUCUGGACCCGAGUCAGUUCAGAUCCCAGCAGCAGUAUCAGAGGGAGGAAGAGGCCGACGGCACGCUGGGAGCUCCGGUCCAGCUGAACGACGAGGAGCGCUAUAAGGACUGUGAGAGGUUCACCUUCACCUGUCCUCAGUGUGGCACUGAUAACAUCUACGACAACGUGUUUGAAGGAGCGGGUGAUAAAGUGGAGCCCAGUUUGGUGCGUUGCUGUCACAUCCCCUGUACGGACCAUCCUAUUGAUCAUAUUGUCAACAUAAGCAACAAGGUGCUUCUCGACAUCCGUCGGCACAUCAGAAAAUACUACUCUGGAUGGUUGGUGUGCGAGGACCAGGCCUGUCAGAACCGGACCAGGCGCCUGCCGAUUGCCUUCUCCCGACACGGACCCAUCUGCCCUGCCUGCACCCGGGCUACGCUCAGACCUGAGUACUCGGAGAAGGCUCUGUACAACCAGCUCUGCUUCUACAGAUACAUCUUUGACUGGGACUACGCCAUGGCCAAGGUUCUACAGUCUGACGAGAGAGGUAAGAUUUUACGCACAUCAGCUACUUUAUCACUCUGAUCCCAGCUUUAUUAC